CGCCCAAUGACAGACCUUUAUGUCUCGAAAGGGGCUCUGUUAAGAAGGUUGCUGCUACAAUCACCGAAAAACGCAAGCACAUUGUGUGCCACGAUACCGACGACAUUGGAGGUGACAUGGCCAUGUCGGGUAGGGCAGUGGAACAUCAGGAGGAACGAUGCCCUGUCUUCCCUUGGUGCCAACCGAGCGAACUCGCGUCGAUGCUGCCCAUUUUCUUCUACCGGUACCCAGGCCCACGGACUAUCCCAGACGAGCUGUACCUGAAGUUCAUGUGCAUCGUUGUCCACAUCUUUAGAGAGUGCGUUGACGAGUGCCACUGUCCUAUUAAGGAGGCUCUUGUUCAAGGAUAUGCUUCAUUUGUUUCGCCCGGAAAGUGCACAAGUUACAAGAAGUGUUGGACUUUCUACUGCUCGGGCUGCAAGACUUCAGAUGUCCGGGAGAGCAGCAGCUUCCUCUUCAGAGCCAUCAUGGAGAACUUUCUAAACAGGGUUCUAAAGACAAACGGAUACUUCUUCCAGCCUUUGUCUGAGCUAGUCGCAGAGUUGGAGAACCUGACGGACCAUCAGGCAUACGUGUUGUUGGCAGUGGUGCGUUUCACGGAGUUUCUGUACCAGGAGACUCUAGACACAGUCCGUGAAGAAGGGCAUAACGUAACAACAGCAUCAGUUAUCAAACGCCUUCGGUCAGCAAGGGGACUGCCGAUUUGGGCCUAGAUUCAUGAUUUUUUUUUCUGUUUCAAACAUUUGGGCUUCUCUAUCAUACGUUACGUCCUGUUUUCGAGCUGAGAAAAAUGUAUCCAUAACAUAAGAAACGAGCUGAAUACCACAACCAAUCGAUUUGGUUGCUGUCCUCGUACCCAGCACUACGGUAGAACUUCGGUAUUACGGGUUAAGUUACCUUUGCAGUCAACGUCACUAGUAAAUGUAUUUGAAAAAGCAUAUCACUACAUCUGAACACAAGUCGCUCUGUUAAACAAUCCUUUAAAUUCAACGUUAUCCUAGUCCUAUUAUCUAAUAGUGUAUACUGAAGAAGGCAAGAGGUGAAAAUAUAUGUGCACGUAGAAAGUGUUGCUAAGCACUCUGUAAUUAAUAUUCCUGCACAAAAUACGUUCGUAUAUGCAGCACAAUCGUACUUCUCUUCUACUUGAACGUAAAGUCUUGUUUAACUCUCACACGGCCGGUGUACGUCCAAAUACUCGUUUGCCUGUCGGCAUGUACAUGGAAAUUAUAUCUGUCCCAAGUUUACAUAAACAUAAUAACGUUUUUAUAUUUAUUUAAUUUAUUUGUUUUUUGAUACAAUGUGUCUUUGUAUUUCUUCAAAGUUAUAUCAAGAGCAACAUUAAGAGCAACAUUUCAAUGCAACAUAUAAGAGGAACUCAUAGGUAUUGUGAAAAUCUUUUCAUGCUGCUUC